AUGUCCAUGGCGGCUGCCUCACCCCGGCACACCGCGUCCCCGCCCUCCCCGCCACCCGGCGUCAUCGACCCCAACGCCACCCCCGCCGCCCUCGCCAAGCUCCUCGCCGAUCAGCUUCACGAGUGCGAAGCCCUCCGCGCUGCACUUUCCUCUGAACGCGCCCGCGCCGAGGCUGCAGAGCGCCAGCUCGCCGCGCUGCAGGGCCCUCCCGCCACCGCGAUCGCCGAGUACGAGGAGCGCCUCAGGCAAGCAGACCAGGCGCGCGUCGCCGCCGAGCGCAUGCGCGAUGCAUCGGAGCGCGCGAGGGAGGACGCAGAGGCGCGCGUGCGCGGCAUCGCAGAGUCCUGGGCGCAGCUGAACGCGUACCUCCGGAUGGCGGAGGUGCGCGCCGCGGACGCGCGCCUGGGCUUCGAUCGCCUCGUCAACAUGGGCGGGCAGCCAGUCCCCAUGUCGCAGGGAGGUGGGGACAGCGGCAGUAUGCUCAUCCCUGGCGCUCGCCGCGCCAGAUCGCCCAGCAUGGACGCCGGCGCCUAUCCGCCUGCGAAGCGCUCGCGACACGACCCCAAUCAUCGCGCGCGCUCGCGGAGCACCAGCCCGAGCGUCGAAGAGCUCAUCAUCGAGGCCUCCGGCGAGGCGCCCGCAGACUCGGCCUCCCAGACCCCCCGCCGCGCGACCUACCCGCCUGCGUAUGCGGGCUACGCAGACCCCAGCCGCGGCGCAUACGAUGCGAAUCGCGCCUACGACACCCACCGCGCGUACACGGACCCUAGCCACCUCCGCGCGGGCCCGAGCAACCACAAUAUCCAAAGCCAGGUCGUCCAGCUCACCCCGCACAAUGCGUAUCAACGACCGUCUCCGCCGAACGCACAGCUCGCGCCGACCUCGCAGUUGGCGCCGACCACGCAGAUGUCUACUUACCCCACCCCACCGCAACUCUCGCCGACCAGCAUCACGCUCCCGCCGCCGCACAACGGGCUCGCAUCGACCUCGUCUGGCGCCCUCGCCUCCUCCUCAUCUGGCACCCUCGCCUCCUCCUCAUCUGGCGCCGUCGCUGCGUCCUCGUCUGGCGCCCUCCCCGCAACCUCAUCCUCCACCACCCCGCUCCCCGCCCCGCGCAAGCACCGCGAGCGGCCGCUCCCGAACCCGCAGCGCGGCAUCGGCACGGUGAAGCACCACUACCAGAGCCGCCCGUUCGCGCCGAAGGCGUCGCCGUUUAUGAAGGAGCAUAGGAAUCGGGCACGGGAGAGGGAGAGGGAGAGGGAGAGGGAUGCGGGGACUCCGGCCUCGCGCGUCUCGCCCUCCGACGAGGAUGCGCCGGGCUCGCCGGACAGCACGUUCAAUGCGGGCAACACGAUGGCGAAUGGAGACAACAGCCAAGACGACCGGAUGCGAGGGCAGGACGACCGCCCACGAGGGCAAGACGACGCGUCCAACGACCCUACACCCGCGAACUCCGCACCGAGCUACCCGAAGACGAACGCGGAAGGGCAGAGGAUCUGUCGGCAGUGCGGUCAGCCUGGGCGCUACAAGGAUGGCAAGUGCGUCGAGAAGUGGGGUCCGGGGCCGAUGGGCCCGGGGACGGUAUGCGACCGGUGUAGGAAGAAGAUGAAGCGUGUGGAGAGGAGAGGGACGAUGGGCGGGAUACCGAAUCCGACGGGAGGGACCCUCAUCAACCUCACCUCACAAGCUCCGACGACCCGCGUGCUGCAACACGCACGCACAAUGCCCGCCUACCCCGACGACCGCCACUCGCCAUACAACAGCAACAGCGACCGCCGCCCAGAAUACUCGCCCGAGCGGUUUGAUAGGCGCUACGAGGGCGAGGACCGUGCCGAGGACCGCGGUCGGUACGUCGCCGACGACCGCUUCGAGGACCGCGCGCAGUACGCGAGCGGCUCACGCGAUUACGCAGGUGAAGAGCGCAGAUAUGCGGGCGAAGAGCGCAGGUACGCGAGCGGGGACGAGGGCCCGCGGUAUCGCGAUUUCGUCAAGGAGGCGCGGUACGGGCGUACCGCGCAGGCGUACGCCUCGUCGGAGCCACGAUACGGGGACCCGCGGUUCGGGGCGUACGAUUCGAUUUCGGAGAGCAGGCAGCGGUAUCCGGCGAGCGUGUCGGAGGCGCGGUACUCGACGCCGCAUAGGGCUUUGACAGCGCAGGCCACCUAUCCGCCCGGACCUAACGCACGCUAUGCGUCGGGCGAGGCGCUCGGGGACUAUCGCAACGGCCUUCGCCAGACGCCUGUCGAUGGUCGAUAUGUAGUGUCCUACCCGCAUGCGCCGACCAGCCAGCGCUCGCUCACGGCUGACGCACCUUCUCCCUCGUCGCGUAUGGCCACCAGCCCCGUCCGCGUCGUCGUUGCGAGCCCUGUGAGCGAGGAUGCCGAUGGCGAGGCCGAGGAAGAGGACGAGUUGAUGAUGGACGAGCCCACGCAACCGGAUGAAGUCAACCCGGCAUGGAAUGCGGAUACCCGUGCUCGAGGCUUGUCGGACGCUAUGGACGUCGACGGCCCUCGGUUGUCGAAUGCUCAGAACAACGCGUCGACAGUAAGGUUGUCGCCACGCAGGAGCCCGCCCGCCCGGCGGAUCUCACCCGCGCGACCGCAACCGCCCGAAGACGACAUCGAUGCGGAUAUCGCGGCGGCCAUCGACGGGCCUCCCACUAGUCGCACCGCGCCAUCCAUGAGCGCCCGAUCCGUACACGACGACGACGUCGACGCGGAUAUCGCCGCUGCCGUCGGCGAUCCCCCGGACGAUGCGCCUCGUUCCCGACAUGCGAGCGAGGCGCGCUCGAGGCACGGUUCUCGGCACGACGACGUAGACGCCGACAUAGCCGCCGCUGUCGAUGGUGACCCUGACACCGUCGACGCAGAUAUCGCCGCCGCUGUCGACGCAGACGCCGACCCCCGCGACGCCGCCCGCUCCGCCUCGCGCGUCGCGUACUCGGAUUCGGCGUCGCAUUCGUCGGUGGACGCGGAUGGGGAGGCUGAGGAGGCGGGGCGGGGGUCGCAGGGCGAUGGGGAGAGGCGGUCGCGCUCUGCGUACUCCGCUGGCGCUGCCUCUGCGUACGUCGCCGGCGCUUCUUCCGUGUACCCCCACCCCACCGUCCCCGCUGCAUCUACAACGGACGCGGACGCGGAUGGCGAGGCGGAGGACGAGGAUGACGAGCUGCUGGCCGCGGUCGAUGCGGCGGAGGCGGGGGAGAGGGCGUAA